AUGGCGAACAACUGUCCAUCCGGACUCUGCCUUGUUGAUGGUGCUGGACACCUGCGCCCAUACAUCACUCUGAGUCAUUGUUGGGGCAAGUCAACGAUUAUCACGACGAAGAAGGCUACCAUUGACCAGAGAAGGCAAUGUGUCUUCCUCGAAGACUUAUCUCAGACCUUUCGCGAUGCUGUUAUUACUUCAAGAGCAUUGGAUGUCCGGUAUUUUUGGAUAGACUCGCUUUGUAUCAUCCAAGACUCGACAGAUGACUGGGAGUCUGAGGCAAAACGUAUGUGCCAGUACUACACCAACUCCCUCAUGACCAUAUCGGGAGUGAGUUCGGCUGGUGGCGAGGGUGGCCUGUUCGCUGCACGACACCCUGGCCUCACGUCUCCAAUACCGAUAGAGGUCGCCUUCCCUCAAGGUGAAAGAAUGAAAGGAUUUGUACAUGCACUGUACUUUCCUGACCCGGCACGUGACAUCUGGGGCGAUCAUAAGCCUCCGCUGUGGACACGAGCGUGGGUCGUUCAGGAGCGUGUUCUAUCCCCCAGACUACUUUUGUUCUCGUCGACCCAGAUGAGCUGGCAGUGCCAAGAAGAAAUUGCAUCAGAAAACAUCCCAGAAGGUCGCCCGUUGGAAAGUAGCGAGCAAGACGCUGAUAUGCGGUGGUCAAUCACUGGGUGGCAGCGUGAGCAGUCCACAUCUCAGAAGUAUGAAGAUCUUUACGCGUCGCCCAUUGCAUCGCACAGACUUUAUCACGGGUGGUAUGAGAUCGUGAGUGAGUACACGCACUGCAACUUGACCAUGCCCUCCGACAUUUUCCACGCCGUUGCUGGGAUAGCGCAGGCGCUUCAGUACGCAUUGAAAGACGACUACAUGUCAGGACUGUGGAAAAGAGACAUUCACCGAGGCCUUGUGUGGGUGGUGUCGGAAGGGGUAAAGAGCCAGACGGCGCUUAGGUCCUAUCGUGCGCCGUCUUGGUCGUGGGGCUCUUUACCCGGGGCUUAUAUCCUCGGCUUCGGCAAGUUAGGCCCCAACGAACCACGGCCUGCGCUGAGGGUGAAAGGCAGGCUGCGGAAGGCAUAUUAUAUGCCUUAUGUUGAGUAUGAUUUCCAAAAGCACUUCCCAACAAAGAUUAAGCGGGGCGAUGACCUCGCUGACGCAGAGACUGGUGAGUCUCUGGGGGCAGUGACGAUCGACAACAAUGAAGUCUCCCUUCUCGUUGAGAUCUGGUGUUUGCCCGUCUGUCUUGUUAAGUCCAACGUACCAGGGCACGUCCGCAAGCGAACAGCUGCAGGAUACGCGGAAUACCUCUGUCUUGGGAAACAUCGCAACAUGAAGUCGGCUCCUGUUUGGAUUGAAGGACUGGCCUUGCAGUGUCUCGAUACGCAGCAGCAGAUCUACAUGAGGGUUGGAAAAUGGCGAUGCGAAGACCUGAAGUUAUUUCGGCGGCAACAGUGCCACACCAUAUUCAUAGUAUAG